AUGGAAGGACAAAAUGACGAUCGCCCCAUAGGCGGCUGUGUUGGCUGUCAGCGACCGGACGAGGUAGAAGACAUGGUCCAGUGUGACCACUGCGAUGUGUGGAGCCAUUAUACCUGCGCGGGGGUGGAUGAGAACAUCGCAAAUCACUCUUGGGUUUGCGGCCACUGUACCGGCCGGCAAAGCGAUGACGCUAUCACCGUACACAGUGCGUCCAGUCACCGUAGUACGUCGUCGGUGUUCUCCGUUUGUUUGAGUCAGAUGGUGGAACGGCAACAGCUCGAACGCACCCGUAUGGAGAUACAGCUACAGCGCCGUCAUUUGGAUGAGCAGCAACAGCUGAUCGACAGGGUGCUCGACGGAGCCGAUGCGAAAGGCAAUCGCGGUGAUGGUUUCCCAUGCGAAGAAACCAAUGCGCUAACAUCGCCCUCGUCCAACAAGCGACUCGAAACGCCGCCUCCUCCUGGAGCUCCUCUGGUACCGAAACCCCGUCGGUCGUUACCACCGACAGAGACUCCGAGGACAACAGCAACGGUUGUCGUUUCUAUUCCUCUUUCGGUGCUCGAACCAAGUGCUGUAGAAACUCUGCAGCGCAAGAAAGAUCCUAAAGUGGCCAUGAAAGAGCUCAAGAAAAGGAUUGAGCAGUGCGAGCAGCGCGCCAACCCAACUUCUGAGCAACUCGCCGAUCUCCAUGCCCAACUGGAAUUGUGUCGAAAGGUCCUCGAACGUUUCCAGGCCAAUGAACAACCCGCCGUGCCGGUUCAGCGAGCGGAACGAGUUCAGCCAAAUCCGGGGGUAGGAGCAUCGCGCAUGCAGCAUCCUACCGGAACUAUCCCGAAAGCGAGUCGGUCUUUGCUGGACGAAUCCGGAGCAGUCGGUGGAGCCUUCCGUCCGGAGCAAGUCUGGCCACUUAAGGUGCCGGUAAGCCAAAAGGGCCCCUCCUCGGUAAGUCAACUAAACCGUCCGAUACGUCCGACGGAAAAUCCAGGUAAGCGUCAAGCCUUGAGUAAUUUCACUGAAAAUCCAAACCAAUGUGACAUAAACCAUUGCCCCACGACCAACAUUCCAUCUUCCCGAGAGCAGCUGCGAACCAACGCGCGCCCGGAAGAAACGUAUACUCCUCCAAUCUAUCCCCGAGAGCAGCUGCGAGAUUCCCUCGCGCACUCUGGUAACGACAACUCGUACAAUUUUGUAAGCCAUCUAAAUUCAACCAGUCUGCAAUCGCGAAACCCUCCCUCGCGCGCGGUUGAUUUGUCUCAGACCCCUCGUCAGUCAGAAAGUGUUCAACACAACCAAGUGAUUCCCAACCACGAACUAGUACGUCCAACGCAGCAGCAGCUAGCAGCAAGGCAGUCCCUGGCUAAAGAACUACCACGAUUCUCCGGCGAACCCGCAGAGUGGCCGAUCUUUAUCUCCAGCUACCGCUACACAACCGAAGCUUGUGGAUUCUCGGAUGGGGAAAAUAUGCUCCGUCUACAACGAUGCCUAUCGGGGCCUGCGCUUGAAACAGUACGCAGUCGAUUGGUCCUACCAGCAGCUGUGCCACAGGUGAUCGAGACGCUCCGAAUGCGAUUUGGAAGACCGGAGCUACUGAUCAAUGCGCUACUACGGAAGGUGCGAGAAAUCCCAGCUCCAAGAUCGGACAAACUCGAAGGGCUUAUCGAUUUUGGCAUGGCAGUGCAAGCGUUAUGCGACCAUAUUGAGGCUGCCAACGAACGUGCUCAUCUCUCAAACCCAUCGCUGCUUCAGGAACUAGUGGCAAAGCUUCCUGCGGACCAACGGAUGAUGUGGGCAGGAUACAAACGGGGAUUUCAACAGGUGGACCUCAAGACCUUCGGCGAUUACAUGGCGGCGGUGGUGCAGGAUGCAACAAGUGUGGUGACCUUCGAACCGGACGUAAAACGCAGCGGUGCCCGCGACCGUCCGAAGAAUAAGGGAUUCGUCAACUCCCACGCGAAGGAAUUGUCGGAGGAAAUCGUGAAAUCGUCCUACGAUUCGAAGGAGGAGUCGAAGCAGUUCAACUGUGCUUACUGCAAAAGAGGAGACCACCGAGUACGCGACUGUCAUGCAUUCAGGCAGCUGCACGUUGACGAGCGCUGGAAGCAAGUACGCGCGCUCGGCCUAUGUCAGAAUUGUUUAUACAACCACGGAAGACGUGGAUGCCGAGGACGGAAAACGUGCGACAUCGACGGCUGCCAGUUCCGCCAUCAUCCGCUCCUGCAUUCCUCCAAGGGCCCUCAACGAUCUUCGGAGACCGUGGUUCAGGUGGCAGAAAAUCACACCCAUCGCCACCCAACUUCCGGAACGCUUUUUCGAAUCAUUCCGGUGACACUCCACGGCACGAGUAGUUCAGUCGACACGUUUGCCUUCCUCGACGAAGGUUCGGAUUUGACCUUGGUGGAGAGUGAUCUGGUGGCUUCACUAGGUGUCAAGGGUGCACCACUGCCAUUGUGCCUUCGGUGGACCGGUAACACCUCACGAGUUGAGAAGAGUUCACAGCAAAUUACGAUCGAGAUUACAGGGCUCGGUCAGGAGAAACGCUACAAGCUGCUCAACGCAAGAACCGUGAACAACCUUGGACUGCCCGGUCAAAGCUUCGAAGUAGAUGAAGGCGCAGAACGUCACAAACACCUGAAGGGGCUCCCGAUUGCCAGUUAUCAAAACGCGGUGCCCAAAAUUCUGAUAGGGGUGGACAAUUUGCGACUAGCAGUACCACUGAAAGUUCGGGAAGGUGAUGAAACAGCUCCAGUUGCGGUGAAAACCAGACUAGGGUGGUGUGUCUACGGUCCUCAAGGGAGCUGUAAGCAAGAAUCCUAUAGCUUCCAUGUAUGUGAGUGUUCCUGCGACGAGAAACUCCACGAAGCGGUGAAGCAGUUCUACACUGUCGAAGAAACGGGUUCCAGGCCAGUUGAACCGUCCCUUGCGAAGGAAGAUGAGCGAGCGUUAGCCAUCAUGGAAGCUACGACCCGGCGAGUGGGGAACAGGUUCGAGACCGGGCUGAUUUGGCGAAAAGAUCAAGUAGAAUUCCCCGACAGCUACUACAUGGCAGUACGACGACUGGAGUGUCUGGAACGUCGGAUGGAGCGUGACCCAGUGCUAAAAGAAAAUCUCCAUCGGCAAAUCGUCGAGUAUGAAAAGAAAGGCUAUGCCCACAAGACCACAAUCGCGGAGAUAGAAGCAGCAGAUCCCCGGAGAGUUUGGUACCUCCCAGUCGGAGCAGUGAUGAACCCUAAAAAACCAGGGAAGGUCCGAGUCAUUUGGGACGCAGCAGCCAAAGUCAACGGCGUAUCAUUGAACAGUGAGCUCCUCAAAGGUCCGGAUCAACUCACAUCUCUCCCAGCUAUUCUCUUCCGAUUCCGGUUGUAUGGGGUGGCCGUUACCUCGGAUAUCCAAGAGAUGUUCCACCAAAUCCGCAUCCGAAAAGAGGACAGGGACUCUCAGCGUUUUCUAUGGCGCGCCCAGCCGAUCGAUAAGCCAACGGUCUACGUGAUGGAUGUAGCCACAUUUGGGAGCACUUGCUCCCCCGCAUCAGCUCAAUUUGUGAAAAACCGAAACGCGGAACUACACAGUGAGCUUUAUCCGGAGGCAGCCAAAGCGAUUGUCGACGACCAUUACGUCGACGAUUAUUUGGCCAGUUUUAGCUCAUGGGAAGAGGCAGCAAAGGUGGCACGCGAUGUACGAACCGUGCAUGGCAACGGCGGCUUCAAGCUGCACAACUGGCGGUCCAACAGUAGCGUGGUGCUUCAAAUGCUGGACGAGGAACAGCUUGAAUCGGAUAAGCAGAUAAGUUUGAUGGACAGUGCGAAUCCCGAAAGGGUUCUCGGAAUGCUGUGGAGUCCGUCCAGCGACGAGCUGAGUUUUUCUACUCAGAUGAGCGAGGAAGUCCAAAUACUGAUCCGUACAGCCACGAAACCCACGAAGAGGCAAGUUUUGCGGUGCGUGAUGACCCUGUUUGAUCCUUUAGGGUUACUCUCACCUUUUAUCGUUCACGGGAAGGUUCUUAUCCAGGACUUGUGGCGAGCGGGCACCGCUUGGGAUGAACAAGUCAGCGAGGAAAUUUACUCAAAGUGGCACAGGUGGGUGCAAAUGAUAGGCUACAUCGCAGAAAUACGAAUUCCGCGGUGUUACUUCCGUAACGCUUGUCAAAAUACCUACUACAACUCGGAGCUCCACGUUUUUGUCGACGCGAGCGAGAUAGCGUAUUCUUGCGCGAUAUAUCUACGAACGCUAGGAACAGGUGAUGGGUCACAGUGCUGCCUAAUCGCCGCUAAAGCCAAGGUCGCACCGCUGAAGCCCUGGUCAAUUCCGAGACUCGAGCUGCAGGGUUGUGUUUUGGGUGUGCGAUGGUCGAAGUUUGUCAAAACAGAGCACAACAUUCCCGUAUCCAAGAUGAUAUUCUGGACAGAUUCCAGAACGGCACUGGCCUGGAUUAAAUCCGACCCUAGGAAUUAUCGGCAGUUCGUUUCAUUCAGAGUAGGAGAGAUACUGGAACACACUACUUCGAGUGACUGGCGGUGGGUACCGUCGAAGGCCAAUCCAGCGGAUGAAGCUACGAAGUGGGGUAGUGGUCCAUACUUCGACCGCAACAGCAAAUGGUUUCGGGGACCCGACUUUCUGCGACUUCCAGAGAACGAGUGGCCUCUUUUGAAGGAUCCAGUGCCGGCUACCAGUGAAGAAAUGCGCGCAUCAACCCUGCACCACUGUUCUUUCGUGCCCCCGAUUGAUUUCACCCGGUUCUCUUCCUGGAAUCGACUGCUACGAGCAAUAGCGUACGCGAUAAGGUUCCUGAACAAUUCGAACAAGAAGCGGCCGUUGCGUACCGGGCAGUUAUCACAAACGGAGCUGCAGGUAGCAGAAGAAGCCAUCUUCAAAGUGAUGCAGCGUGAAACAUAUCCAGAGGAGGUCAUGGCACUGUCCGGCAAAGCACCUAACGUAAGUGGGCAGGAAAUUAUAGGAAAACAUAGCUCAAUUUUCCAGCUGAUGCCGAUGCUAGACAACCGCGGCCUGUUGCGCGAGCGUGGUCGAAUCGGGUCCGUGGAAGGAGUAGAGUUUAACGUUCGCCACCCCAUUAUCCUUCCUAGAAAACACCGUGUUACGGAGCUCCUGGUGUUGGAUUUCCAUCAACGUUGUCAGCACGGGAAUUCCGAAACGGUGGUGAAUGAGAUUCGCCAGCUCUAUAAUAUCCCAAGACUACGGUCAGUCGUCAAGAAAGUAAGCCGGGACUGCGCACUAUGUAAGAUUCGCAGGGCGAGGCCAGCGAUUCCCCCGAUGGCGCCGCUCCUUCCGGCGCGUCUUGCCCACCACGAGAGAGCCUUCACUUACACCGGAGUAGACUACUUCGGCCCCCUUAUCGUCAAGCUGGGAAGGUCUAAUGUGAAGCGGUGGAUCGCGUUGUUUACCUGUCUCACAGUGCGCGCCGUUCACCUUGAAGUUGCGUAUACAUUAUCAACAGAAUCCUGCAUAUCGUGUGUCCGCCGAUUCGUGGGCCGUCGAGGUCCGCCCGCGGAGUUCUUCAGUGACAACGGGACGAACUUCCAGGGAGCCGAUCGAGUGCUACAACAUCAAAUUAGCCAGGGACUGUCCACGACGUUCACCAGUACCAACACCAAGUGGAACUUCAUUCCGCCAGGAGCCCCACACAUGGGCGGAGCGUGGGAAAGCCUGGUUCAAUCCGUGAAGGCUGCAAUGCAGGAAGCAUAUUCGGAGGGAAAGCUUGAUGACGAGGGGCUGCAGACGCUGGUCGUGGAGGCUGAAAGGUUGGUAAACUCAAGGCCUCUGACGUAUUUGCCGCUGGAAGCUGAGGAGUCAGAGGCGAUUACGCCCAACCACUUCCUGCUACUGAGCUCAAACGGAAUAAGACCACGUAGCGGGCAAGGAGAAGCUUCUGAACACGGACAUUACCGUGAGCUAGCCCGACGAGAAAUAUUAGGGAAAUCAUGGGAGCUGAUCCAGCGGCAGUUGAAUGUAUUCUGGAAGCGCUGGCUAGUGGAAUAUCUGCCGGUGAUCCGUAGGCAACCGAAGUGGUUCGAGGAAGCCCGUCCCGUAGAAGCAGGAGACUUGGUCAUGGUAGCUGAGCCAACGAAGAGAAAUGGAUGGGAGCGUGGGCGGAUAGUCCGAACUGUCCCAAGCCUAGAUGGCCGAAAUCGACAGGCGGUGGUGCAGAUAGGUUCGAAAACUCUGCUGCGGCCGGUGUCACGGUUGGCAUUGCUUGACGUGAAAGGAUUCUGUGAAACUCCGGAAAACUCCGGAUCACACCCGGGGGAGACUGUCAACGCAGGAAACGGCAAACUGGCAACCUUGUCGCCCUCCGCCUUUAAAGCGCCGCGUUCUGCUGUAAAAGCGUCGCCGCAUAACGAAUGA